GGACCAGCACUUGUACAGCAUGUUCAUCAACGAGGCAUUCUCCAUCCGCAAGUCAGAGUCCUCCACCUCCGUCCGCUCACAGAUGUGGGACUCCUCAGAUCCACAGCGCAAUCCAGCGCCUCUACCACUGCCAGACAGAGAUCAACCAGUCUCCGCUGUGUCAACACAGCAAAAGAUCUCGGUGGCUCACAAGCGCCUGCAGUCCUCGGGCAGCAGCAAGACACUCAAUCAGGACGAGGCAGACAGCAAAGAACGCGAGCGCGUUUCAAGUAGAUCUCUCUACGAGCUCCUGCAACUAGUGCACGCGAAUCUAGAGACCCUUAUGAAACGCUCGCAAAACAACGCGCGCGAUCUAGGCAAGCUGCGUGGCGAUGUGCGCAAUCCACAGGUGGUAGAAGACAUCAAGCGACUCAUGCAAGAAGCGUCUGCUGCAGUACAGGACCCAGCACAACAAUCGCGGCUCGAUGUAGACCUCUCCCACAAGCUGGAUGAGCUUCUUCGCUCGGAAAAAGUGGAGCGACCGCCACCGUCACAGGACGCAAAGUGGACAAACGACCUCCAGCAAGUAUUGACAGUCCUGCAAGAGCUGCAGUCGAGUCUGCAGCAACUUCAUUCAAGACCCCAGGAAGCAUCAGCUGCGCCGGAGUUGCACAUCCUUGACAAACACAUGGAGUCGCUGCACGCAUGGACCAGUACAGCAGCCACGCAGUCGUCUUUGGAGGCGCUGACCGAUGCGCAACGCCUGCACAUGGCAGAAAUUCAAGCCUUGCUUCAAAGUCUUGCCAGCCAGCAAACAACUGCGCAUCUUGGUCUGCACACAUCCAUCGAUUCGCUCUCAGCAAGCCGUGAAGUCGACUUGUCUGCCCUUCAGAAUCACGUCAACAGUCUCGAUGCAUCCAUCCAAAACAAAUCCGCAGAACUGGCAAAUCUCGAUGCGCUACUCGCAAAGAAGCAACUAGUCUUGAAGGAUCUCGAGCGUCGCGCUGCACUCAUGCAAAGCAGCCUUCAAGGCAUGCGCCAGGAUGUCUAUGCCCUCAAGGAAGAAGCAGCUGCAAGCCUGAAGAAGAAGACUCGACGCCCGCCCUCUGUUGCCGCACCUUUGCAGCAAGUCACGAAUCGUCGGAUUGUGUCGUUGACCAAUAUGGCGCAGCCUUCGCCUUUUGCUAGACCGUUGGAUAAGUUGCAGUCGCCGGCGCGCAAAUCGAGCUGGUCAAAACGCGUGGGGAGUCUGUUCACAGCCAACAAGGAGAAUACUGCCUCGGGUCUGGCUGGCCAUGUCGAGGAGGCGCCGGCCACGGACUCUCGGUCUGUCCGCAGUGUAAGUUAUCGUGGUUAGCGGCGCGUUCGAGUGAGUCUUGUCACACCCUUUGUAUUGAACCCUUGCACAAACAAAUUAAGCGUCGUCGGCAA